UUCCGGCUUUGAGGGGCCACGCCCCGCGCGGUCCCUGGCGGAACCUUUUAGUUCUGCGCUCGCGUUGCCAGCCCGGCGCGCCUCACGCAGUUGCGCCCGCUCCUGGGGCUACUUCCGGCGGCCCCGCCCCGCCCCGCCCCCGGGCGUCUCCAUCUUGGUCUCAGGUGUAGACUCUGCCAGAGCUAGCGCAGGAGUGAAGCGGAGUUAUAGCUACCCCGGCCGCGGAGCUGGCUCACUGCACUACCCCCUCCCCCUUCUCUCCUCCAGACGCCGAAGUCGCUGGCGCUUAUGGCGGGCCUGGAGGUACUGUUCGCAUCGGCAGCGCCGGCCAUCACCUGCACGCAGGACGCGCUCGUCUGCUUCUUGCAUUGGGAAAUGGUGACACACGGCUACUACGGCUUGGGUGUCGGUGACCAGCCGGGUCCCAAUGAUAAGAAGUCAGAACUGCUGCCAGCUGGGUGGAACAACAAUAAGGACCUGUAUGUCCUCCGGUAUGAGUAUAAGGAUGGGUCCAGAAAGCUCCUUGUGAAAGCCAUCACCGUGGAGAGCAGCAUGAUCCUCAAUGUGCUGGAAUAUGGCUCACAGCAAGUGGCAGACUUGACCCUGAACUUGGAUGAUUAUAUCGAUGCAGAACACCUGGGUGACUUCCACAGGACCUACAAGAACAGUGAGGAGCUUCGGUCUCGUAUUGUGUCUGGAAUCAUCACACCUAUCCAUGAGCAGUGGGAGAAGGCUAGUGUAAGCAGUCCCCACCGGGAGUUCCCCCCUGCUACCGCUAGAGAGGUGGACCCACUCCGAAUUCCUCCACACCAUCCACACACCAGCCGGCAGCCUCCCUGGUGUGAUCCCCUGGGCCCAUUUGCUGUCGGGGGAGAAGACUUAGACCCUUUUGGGCAUCGGAGAGGUGGCAUGAUUGUGGAUCCCCUGAGAUCUGGCUUCCCAAGAGCACUUAUUGACCCUUCCUCAGGCCUCCCGAACCGGCUUCCUCCAGGCGCUGUGCCCCCAGGAGCUCGCUUUGACCCCUUCGGACCCAUUGGGACCAGCCCACCUGGGUAGGUAACCUAACCCAGACCAUCUCCCCCCGCCGGGCUACGAUGACAUGUACCUGUGAAGGCCUCAAGAAUGUAACAUCCCAGGCUUCCCUCCACUCUCCUGGAGCUGCCACUGCUGUCCCCAUCAGCAACCAUGUUCUUACGGGCUGGGGGCAAGGGAUUCUGCUCAUAUGUUUGCAGGCCGGCUGGGAUAGCCUCCCCACCCCUUAUCAGAGCCAAGACACCUGCUGCAGCUCUCCACCUAGCUGCGGAUAGCUCCCAAAGAGAAAUCAGUGUGUCUCUUUUACCACCAGCUCCUCCCCUUUCACCACCAACUCCUCCCCACUUCCCAAGGGAGACUCCGGCAACCUUCAGCAACAUAUAUCCUCGACCAGAUGCAGUGCUAUAAGAACAGAAUGCAUUUUGGAUGUUAUUAUUAAGAACCAAAUGUCAAUACAGAAUUCAUGUUGCCGGCUUCCCACUUUUCUUUUUACAUUAAUGCAUAGCUCCUUCCAUUUAUGAGACUUUAGAGUUUGAGUUUCUGUAGGGCUGAAUGACUCUUUUCCUGCCUAGGGCCCAUUCUUGCUUCUCAGGCACCUUCCGUUCAUUAAUUGCCAUUGCUCCUGACAUCACUAAGAUGGGUCCCCAUCUGGCUGCAUGAAUGGAAGUGAGUGACUGGAAUCCCAUAGGCCACAAGGAUGACUUUCACAAGAGCAGGAACAUUGUGGAAAGACUACAUCAUUCUGAUGAGGCAGAAUCCUCCAGCUCUUCCUGUCUGGGCCAGUUUUGUAGGUCCAUCUAUGCAUGGGCAGCAGUAGUCAAAAAGCCAAGGAAAAAACAGAGCAGACCUGAAGGCUAAUCUUAUUUUUGCCAGUAACUUAGUGACUGACCCUAAGCAAGUCCCUUCUCCUCUUAGGGCCUUGUGCCAACCCUGUGAAAUUGGAGGUGGCUUUCCUGCUCUAAAGCAUUUUGAUGUCUCAUUCUGUGUUUGGUAACCCCUGUAAACUGGGGCAGAGGGAAAGAAUGAUGGUUCAAGGCCGUACUUCCCUUGAACCUUGUGUGGUUCUUGCCUAACUGUGGUUUUUGGACCCCAUGGGGCCCAGACCGAGCACAGGAGCAUGGACUACAUCUGAGUAUGGUGUUGAACUUCGGGAGGAGCAGGGAGUCCUGUGCCUUGUGUCCUGGCCCACCUGACCUUUGGUGUUCUCCGGAUCCUUUGCAGCCCGAGGCCUGACAGACGCGGGCAGUGAUGAGCCCUGUUCUGGAGUGGAAAGAGCACGAUAGAGCACCAGGCUAAGAGGCACGAGAUCAAGGCGGUAGUCACUUCCGCUCUGCAGCUAGCAUUUCAACCAUAUAUGGGUCCUUUCAUUUCUCAGCUCCUUGGAUUCCUUUCCCUAAAUUAGGACCUAUUAUUUACCUGUAGGUAAACAAGCUACUGUAACUCUUCUGAGGUAUCUACUGGGCUGUUUUCUGUAGCCUCAGAUUGCUUAUCUUCUUAGCCUGAGAACAGGUAGAUGAAAACUAAAUCGAUGCCUAGGCCCAGGGUCAGUCUCAGAUGGAAGCUGGGCCUGGGUGGGGAGGCUGUCCUGCGCAACAACCUGGGUACUUCUGUCAGUCCCCAUGGCAAGCAGUGAUUUAGUAAAAGACCCCAGAGACAGGGAAGCCAACCACCUUGAAACCUUUAGAACAUCUCUGCUUUGAAGAAAGACCCAGAGAUCAGGCAGAGGUGCAGAUUCAGUCAUUACUCAUAACCUUUGAGAGCUGGCAAAUGGGAGGAAUGUUAGUUUUUGUUUUGGAAUUGGACCAUACUUGCAACCGAAAGGACUUGGAGCAGUUUGCUCAUAAAAACAUCCUUUAUUAGGAAGUAUUUAAAGGAUGAUAAAGACCAUCAGACAGAAGCAGGGAAGGUAGAUAACUUUUAGGAUCUUGAUGUGAGGAAAAGAUAAAAUUUAAACAGUAAAUUUGCCACUUAGAUUUUCUAGUAGCAAAGGUCGAAAAGAUAGUCAUAUACAAAAUUCUGUUUUCUGAAAACAGAAAAUUGUGAUUCAUCUGCAGAAUCAGCCAUUUUCUGUGAGUUUCCUUGCAUCAAGGACACUGAGAAACAGAGUCAUUUUCUUUGGUGUUCUAUGGGAGGAAGUGAAUAGAGCCUUUAGGAACUUCCUGGUCAGGCUGAUGGUGCUUAUUUUGGUCUGGGCCACUUCCCUCCUUCCAGUCAUGAGUAAUCAACAAGCAGGAGGUUGGAACGUUUCAGGUGUAUAUUUUGUAGAACCCAAAAGAUUGGAGCCUUAACAAUAAACAUCAGCACUAAGUGACCUGUUCCUCCUUUUUUUAAUAACAGCUUUAUUGAGAUAUAAUUUACAUACCCAUAAUUUACAUACCUGUUUAAAGUAUACAAUUCAGUGGAUUUAGUGUGUUCACAGUGUUGUACAUCCACCACCAUUUCUAAUUCCAGAACAAUUUCACCACCUCAGAAAGAAACCACACACCCAUUGGCAUGACUCCCCAUUACCUUGCCCCCAGCCCCAGGCAACCACUAACAUCUAUCUCUAAAGAUUUUUUUUUGUUUUUUCUGGACAGUUCUCAUAAAUGGAAUCACUCAAUAUUAUGGCCUUUUGUGUCAGGCUUCUUUCAUUUCAUGUGAUGUUUUCAGGAUUCAUUCAUGCUGUAGCAUGUAUCCAUGGUAUGGAUAUAUCACAUUUUGCUUAUGCUUUUAUCAGUUGAUGGACAGUUGGGUUGUUUCUACAAAAAGGCCAUUAUGAGUAAUGCAGCCAAGAA